AUCCAAAUAUUGUAAUUGGCAUUUUGCAAGAAGAUUAGUUAUUUCACAAAGUUAAGUUAAGUAAAGGUAUGUACCCAUACCCAUGAAGGUAAUAAGUAGCUCGGUGGCGUAGUGGAUAAGCGCCGCGGCCCGCGAUCGUUGACGUUAAGCAACUUUCGCAAGGGUCGGUCACGGGAUGGGUGACCAAAAAAAUUAUUAUCUCGAGCUACUUCGUGCUUCGGAAGGCACGUUAAGCCGUUGGUCCCGGCUGCAUUUGCAGUCAUUAAUACCCUCCAAUCCGCAUUGGGCCAGCGUGGAGGGUCAUGGCCCAUCCUCCUUAACCAUCCAUAAGAAAGGCCUGAGCCCCUGCAGUGGGGACGUAAAAGGGCUGGUGAUUGCUACUCCGUGCUUCGGAAGGCACGUUAAGCCGUUGGUCCCGACGACUGCAAAUGCAGCCGGGACCAACGGUUAAUACCCUCCAAUCCGCAUUGGGCCAGCGUGGAGGGUCAUGGCCCAUCCUCCUUAACCAUCCAUAAGGAAGGCCUGAGUCCCUGCAGUGGGGACGUAAAAGGGCUGAUGAGGAUGAUGAUAUUAAUAAACAAGAAAUGUGAUAUUGUAAUUUGAUUUUUUUUUUUGUUU